AUGGCAAUACACAUAACCUUACUAAUAAUCGCUUUAAUAUUAAUUUACUACACCUCCGGCGAGCAGCAAAACUCCCUAACCUCAAGAACAGUGCGUACGAAAUACGGCGACGUGAGCGGGGUCAUCGUGACCCUCGAGUCAAAACAUUUGGAACCUGUGGAGGUGUUCAGAGGUAUCCCGUAUGCAUCUCCGCCGCUGGGCAGUUUGAGGUUCAUGCCCCCCGUCACGGGGGCACUGUGGUCGGGCGUGAAAAUCGCCGACAAGUUCAGUCCGGUUUGUCCUCAACGUCUUCCCGAUAUCGCGAACGAAACGGCCGCGCUCAAGAGGAUGCCAAGAGGCAGGCUGGAGUACUUGAAGAGGUUGUUGCCUUAUUUACAGGAGCAGAGCGAGGAUUGCUUGUAUUUGAAUAUUUAUGCGCCCGUACAAGGUAUGUAA